AGGAUGGUCACACUAAAUGCCAACUAAAUAAACAGCCACACUAAUUGUACAGUGGGCUCGAAACACAAAGUUUUGUGGCCAAGAGCGACACUCUGUCUCUGUCUAUUCAUCUGUGCGGACUUGUGUCAUUUUCGAGCGGAUCGUAGUCGGUAAAAAUGUUCGGGGUUAAGUGAGCCAACAAACAGUGGGCACAAUUAGAUUUUUUGUUAUUACACUCGAACGUGUUUUCGUUGGACGGCAAAAGUAUUUAGUGCGCCCAGACGGUGGCCAAAAUGUGGGCAAAGCGUGUGCGAUAAGAAGAGAUUGAAAAAAAAGUGACAAAACCGAACCGUGCCACUCCGUAUCUGUUCCGUGCAACAGAUGCGGAUGUUCGUUGUUGCCUGAGCCGCACAAACAAGGACCUCGACAGCCAGCAACUGCCAGCGAAAAACAAAACCACUCAGCCACAUCCCUCAAAGGCUAUCAUCCCCCCCUUAAACUCCCCCUCCUAAAUCGAAAAAAGCACCAAGACGACGUCCAAGAAGAAGCAACAGCCGCAGCGGCCGAAGGCGUCGACCAGCAGCAGCAUGUUCAAGUGCAUUCCAAUCUUCAAGGGCUGCAACAGGCAGGUGGAGUUCGUGGACAAGCGCCACUGCUCCCUGCCGCAGGUGCCCGAGGAGAUACUGCGCUACUCGCGCACCCUGGAGGAGCUCUUCCUGGACGCGAAUCACAUCCGCGACCUGCCCAAGAAUUUCUUCAGAUUGCAUCGCCUGAGAAAGCUUGGCCUGAGUGACAAUGAAAUCAACCGCCUGCCGCCGGAUAUACAAAACUUUGAAAAUCUCGUCGAGCUCGAUGUUUCACGCAAUGACAUACCCGACAUUCCCGACGACAUUAAGCAUCUGCAGAGCCUGCAGGUGGCCGACUUCAGCUCGAACCCGAUACCCAAGCUGCCCUCCGGCUUCUCCCAGCUGAAGAACCUGACCGUCCUCGGCCUCAACGACAUGUCGCUCACCACAUUGCCGGCGGACUUUGGCAGCCUGACGCAGCUCGAGUCGCUGGAGCUGCGCGAGAAUCUGCUCAAGCACCUGCCCGAGACAAUAAGCCAGCUGACGAAGCUGAAGCGCCUCGAUCUGGGCGACAACGAGAUUGAGGAUCUGCCGCCCUACCUGGGCUACCUUCCCGGUCUGCACGAGCUCUGGCUGGACCACAACCAGCUCCAACGCCUGCCGCCGGAGCUGGGCCUGCUGACCAAACUGACCUACCUCGACGUGUCAGAGAACCGACUCGAGGAGCUGCCCAACGAGAUCAGCGGCCUGGUCAGUCUCACGGACCUGGACCUAGCCCAGAACUUGCUGGAGACACUGCCAGAUGGCAUUGCCAAACUAAGCCGCUUGACAAUCCUGAAGCUGGACCAGAAUCGCUUGCAGCGAUUGAACGACACGCUCGGAAACUGCGUGAACAUGCAGGAGCUGAUACUCACGGAGAACUUCCUGUCGGAACUGCCGCCCUCCAUCGGCCAGAUGACCAAGUUGAGCAACCUGAACGUGGACAGGAACGCGCUGGAAUACCUGCCCCUGGAGAUUGGCCAGUGCGCCAAUCUGGGGGUGCUCAGCCUCCGCGACAACAAGCUGAAGCGGCUGCCGCCGGAGCUGGGCAACUGUACGGUGCUCCAUGUGCUGGAUGUGAGCGGAAACCAGCUGCUGUAUCUACCCUACUCGCUGGUCAAUCUUCAGCUGAAGGCCGUGUGGCUGUCGGAGAAUCAGUCGCAGCCGCUGCUCACCUUCCAGCCGGACACGGACGCGGAAACGGGAGAGCAGGUGCUGUCCUGCUAUUUGUUGCCCCAGCAGGAGUACCAGCCCAUCACGCCGGACUAUCCACCUAUGACGCUCUAUAGAUCGAGCGAAAAAUUCGAUUCGACGGAAUUCUACAGUUAUCAGCAAAAAGCCCGCGAUCUGGAAUCGGACUCGGAGCCGUUUGAAGAGCGGGAGCCGUCGCGCACUGUGGUGAAGUUCUCGGAGGAGGCCACCCAGGAGAAGGAGACGCCGUUCGUGCGCCAAAACACGCCGCAUCCCAAGGAUCUCAAGGCCAAGGCGCAGAAGCUGAAGGUGGAGCGCAGCCGGCACGAGGAUAACGUCAACCUGGUUACGCUGCCAGAGGAGAACGGCACUAGGUUAGCCGAGACACCGACCGAGACUCGAACCAUUGUGAAUAAUCACCAACAGCCAGCUCAGCUGGUACAACAACCAGCCGUUGGUGUAAAUUCCACACAGCCGGCGGUCGGUGGUGUAGUUUCCCCAACAGCCACAGUCGCACCACCAACCACAAUUAUACACAGUGGUUCGGAUAAUAAUAACUUGAAGGCGACUCCGCCCGCAGUUGUGGCCACUGAGCUGGCCACCACUGUGCCUGCUGAUGAAAAUCCAGAAGACGAUGAGCAGGAAGAUGAAUUCGAAUCCGAUCGCCGUGUGGGCUUUCAGGUGGAGGGCGAAGAUGAUGACUUUUACAAGCGGCCACCCAAAUUGCACAGAAGGGAUACCCCCCAUCAUUUGAAGAACAAACGAGUUCAGCAUUUAACCGACAAGCAGGCCAGCGAGAUCCUGGCCAAUGCAUUGGCCUCCCAGGAGCGAAACGACACCACUCCCCAGCACUCGCUGUCCGGCAAAGUGCAGUCCCCCAUCGAGGAGAACGCCGAUGCCGAGCAGUUGGCAGUUGAACAGGAGCAGGAGGAGGAGGAGCAGCUGAAGCGUCCUUUUGACACAUCGCUGUCGCCGAUUCCAGCCGGGAAGCCGGAAACUGCCACAGAGCAAGACAACCUGGACGGCGUCACGGAGCUGCGUUUGGAGCAGUAUGAGAUCCAUAUUGAGCGCACUGCCGCGGGACUUGGCCUAAGCAUUGCCGGUGGCAAAGGAUCGACCCCCUUCAAGGGCGACGAUGACGGCAUCUUCAUAUCAAGGGUCACCGAAGCAGGACCCGCGGACCUGGCCGGCCUGAAAGUAGGCGAUAAAGUGCUGAAGGUCAAUGGGAUUGUCGUUGUGGACGCAGAUCACUAUCAGGCGGUGCAGGUGCUGAAAGCCUGUGGUGCCGUUUUGGUGUUGGUGGUGCAACGCGAGGUGACACGUCUGAUUGGACAUCCGGUGUUCAGCGAGGACGGCAGUGUGUCGCAAAUCUCGGUGGAAACUCGUCCACUUGUGGCAGAGGUGCCUCCCUCGGCGGCUGUAAGCCAUGAACGGUACAUCCCGGCACCCAUUGAGGUUCAGCCCCAACAGCAACUACAGCAGCAAGUCCCUAAUGUUCAGCAGGUGGCUCCUGCGCACACCUACACGGGCAACGUGUUUGCCACGCCCUCUGCUGCUCAAACAGUAGAGCCGUCAGCCACGAAUGGAUUGCUAAAUGGCAGGGAGGCGCCGCUGAGCUACAUCCAGCUGCACACAACGCUCAUCCGCGACCAGAUUGGCCAGGGGUUGGGCUUCAGCAUUGCGGGUGGAAAGGGCUCCCCCCCGUUCAAGGACGACUGCGAUGGCAUUUUCAUAUCGCGCAUCACAGAGGGUGGUCUGGCGCAUCGCGAUGGCAAAAUUAUGGUGGGCGACCGGGUUAUGGCGAUUAACGGCAACGACAUGACAGAGGCGCACCACGAUGCAGCGGUUGCAUGUCUGACGGAACCGCAGCGUUUUGUGCGUCUGGUGUUGCAGCGCGAGUACCGCGGUCCUUUGGAACCGCCGACCAGCCCGCGUAGUCCAGCUGUGCUUAAUUCGCUGAGUCCUUCAGGGUAUUUGGCCAACCGACCAGCCACUUUCGGUCGUGCGGUGGGUGGUGAUGUGGAGCAGCCCUACAAGUACAACACCCUGGCCACCGCCACCGCCACGCCCACUGCCACUCCAGCUGGCAUCAACAAUAACAACAACACGCUGCCAAUCAGCAAAACAAACGGAUUUGCUGCCGCCGCCACGAUAGACAAGGCCACGGGUCAACCCGUGCCCGCUCCCCGACGCAGAAACUCCGUGCCCCUGGGCGAGCAGGAGGGUGCGCCCAAUGGGGCUGCCUCGACCGCCAGUGGCGACUCCGGGGAGGCGCAGCCCUCCUCGUUGCGCCCGCUGACCAGCGACGAUUUUCAGGCGAUGAUACCGGCACACUUCCUCAGCGGCGGCAGUCAGCACCAGGUGCAUGUGGCACGGCCCAACGAGGUGGGCGUCAGCGCCGUAACGGUGAACGUUAACAAGCCGCAGCCGGAUCUGCCCAUGUUCCCGGCAGCACCCACCGAACUCGGCCGCGUCACCGAGACGAUCACCAAGUCCACGUUCACGGAGACGGUGAUGACGCGCAUCACCGACAAUCAGCUGGCGGAGCCCCUGAUCAGUGAGGAGGUUGUGCUGCCCAAGAACCAGGGCUCCCUGGGCUUCAGCAUCAUCGGCGGAACGGACCAUUCCUGUGUGCCCUUCGGCACCCGAGAGCCCGGAAUAUUCAUCUCGCAUAUUGUUCCUGGCGGAAUUGCUUCGAAGUGCGGCAAGCUGCGCAUGGGCGAUCGCAUUUUGAAAGUUAACGAGGCGGAUGUAUCCAAGGCAACGCACCAGGAUGCUGUCCUGGAGCUGCUGAAACCCGGUGAUGAGAUCAAGCUGACCAUCCAACACGACCCCCUGCCGCCAGGUUUUCAGGAAGUGCUCCUCAGCAAGGCGGAGGGCGAGCGCCUCGGCAUGCACAUCAAGGGCGGCCUGAACGGGCAGCGAGGUAAUCCCGCCGAUCCCUCAGACGAGGGCGUCUUCGUGUCCAAAAUUAACUCGGUCGGUGCGGCCAGACGGGACGGAAGGCUUAAGGUUGGCAUGCGUUUGCUGGAGGUUAACGGACACUCCCUGUUGGGAGCUUCGCACCAGGAUGCGGUCAACGUGCUGCGAAACGCCGGCAACGAGAUUCAAUUGAUUGUCUGCAAGGGCUACGACAAGUCCAAUUUAAUUCAUUCCAUUGGCCAGGCCGGCGGCAUGAGCACUGGCUUUAACUCGUCUGCAUCCUGCAGCGGUGGUAGUCGUCAAGGCUCUCGUGCCUCGGAGACGGGCUCUGAGCUGAGCCAAAGCCAGAGUGUGUCGAGUCUGGACCCCGACGAGGAGGAGCGUCUGCGACAGGACUUCGAUGUGUUUGCCUCGCAGAAGCCAGAUGCACAGGCAACGAGCCAAACUGGCCUGGCAGCUGCUGCUGCCCUGGUGCACGGAGCCGCCUCACCGACGCCCACGAGUACACCCAUUCCGACCCCCGUGCCAGUGGCAUCCGCGGACUUAACUGCGUCGGACACGCCAGCUGCACAGACCGUGGCGCUCAUUCACGCAGAACAGGCCCACCAGCAGCAGACGCAGCUGGCGCCGUUGGGCCAGGAGAAAAGCACGCAGGAGAAGGUGCUGGAAAUUGUACGCGCGGCCGACGCCUUCACCACCGUGCCACCAAAGUCACCGUCAGAGCACCCCGAGCAGGAUAAGAUACAGAAGACGACAACGGUUGUCAUAUCGAAGCACACGCUCGAUACGAACCCAACCACACCGACGACCCCGGCUGCUCCACUUCCCAUUGCGGGCGCUGAGUCGGCGACCUCUGGUAAUGCUCCUGCUCCUGCUCCCGCUUCCGCUGCCAUUGUCGCUCCUGCUUCUGCUCAAGUUCCAGUUCCAACUCCUGCUGUAGCCGUGCAGACACAAACGCAAACGCACGAAACGGAGAAGGACGAAGAGGAGCACCAGCUACGGCAACGAGGCACCCAGACGCCGAAUCGCCUAGCCCCGAGAUCUCGAUACUCCUACCAGCAGAUGUUAGAAAGCCAAGAGGAUAAUCGCAGUUCUGGCAAAGCCACCCAAACGAAGCCCAAGAAGGCAGAGCCUGUCUAUAUCAUAGACGACGAUGAUGACGAUGACGACGAUUACGACGACCACCACCAGAAAGUAGACGACAUUGACGCCAUUCAGGAGGAGGAUGAGACCACAGAGAGCUCUCCCCCAUUGGAUAUCCAGUCGCCGCCCUCCUAUGCAGACACUGAUUCCGACUGCUUCGAUCGUCGGCGUGGCCGUUACACCAGCGAUUCGGAGAGCGACUGCCGUCCGUACAAGCCAUCGAGAUCGGGACGCAGCACUCCGGAAUACGGCGGAGGUCAUCGUAAAUCCGUGAGCUUUGAUCUCAGUGGUGACGAGCGCUCCAGGUCGGACUAUGAGAGAUCUCGCUCUCGCACUCCAGAUGGCUACACCCGUGCCUACGACUCCGAACAGGACACCCGGGGGUCGGGACGCAACCGCCUGCCGCGCAAGGGAAUCCUCCGAGCUACCAGUCCCUGCUCCACGCUGGAGAAAGCUGAGCCCAUAGUUCCAGCGGUAGCCCGAAUCCGCGAGGUUGAAUCUCCGCAGGUGCAGCGAGUUUCCCGAGCCACUUCCCCAGAACGGCCGGGCGAGCUAGAGCGAGAGAAUCCUUUCCGUCAUCCCACGGCAGAGGACGAUGAAUACACGCGAGUAGCCAAGGCAGUCAGUAAAUCACCAAGGUCCCCGCGCUCCACCCGCGAGCAGUUCUUCUUCGGAAGCUCUCGCUCUAGUGAGGAUCUUUUGGAGCAAUCCCAGUCACAGUCUAGUGGCCGCAGCACACCAAACACGGUGAUCUCCAAGUCCACGGAGAAUUUGACAGGCACCCGGCCCAAGGUGCCGCCUCCAACGCCGCCGAAGCCGCAGCUAAAGAAAGCCAAUCUGGUUCGCAACGUGGCCUUGGAAACCUUCCAGGCCAGCGAUGUGGGUCAGGGUGACUUUACAGUCUUCGAGCACGAUGCCAGUACAAAUACCAUACAUCCUGUUGAGGCUAAGCUGCCGGUUCGGGUGGUGGCCAAGACGAAGCCAAGUCGUCCAAGGGAGUCACCUCCGCCACCGCCCGUUAACUUCGCCACCCUGCCUAAGAUGCCCACCACGCCCACUCUGAGGGAAGAAGAGUCCUUGUACAUGGAGGCGCUGCCGCCCACACCCUCCCAGCUGCGACCCCACGACUUUCAGCACGAGAACUCGCCGGACAACAUCCUGGUGACACCACAGGAGCACCGCGAGUACCUGCUUCGGGAGAACGAGCUACGCAACCAGCUGCGAGCACCGUACGAGCCCGCACCACCUAUUCCGAUUGCCGGUGACGGAUAUUCGGUAACGAAUCCCUUCCUUGAUAGUUGCGACACCGACAUUGACAGCCUGCCAUUGCCACCACCGCCCACUCCUCCCGCCCAGCAGCAUUCACGUCAUUUGCAUGAGCCGCCGUUCCCACCACUAACCGCUAACGCAUCCUCGUCUUCAUCUUUUACUUCUUCCGUUGCCACUGCUGCUGCUGCCGCUGCCACCGCCGCUGCUGCCACCACUAACCGCUUGAUGGAUUCGCCGCAACAGCUGUUGGUCGCCGGGUCGCCCACCCAGAUCUUUCCCACGGCUCAAAUUCUGCCGGUGCAGUAUGCGAGUCUGCCCCAACCGCAGCAGGCCAAUACACUUACUUUAAAGACACCAUCAACCUCUCCACACCCCCACCCAGCCCCUGCCCCCGCUUCUGUUGCCGCCAAAGCCCCCGCCCUUUUUAACCUAGUGCUAGUGCCCGGUGACCAGAGCAACAGCACCUCGCCGGCGGCUGUGCUGUACCUGCAACCGUCCCAAUUACCACCGUCAACACCUGCCAGUCGGCAUGGCGAAGAAGACGAUGAGGAGCAGGCCACUGCGAAAGCAACCCCCAGUAAAGUGCCCAAAUCGGUUUCCGAUAAAAAACGCUUUUUUGAGUCUGCCAUGGAGGAUCAGCACAAGCCCACACAAAAGACAGAGAAAGUUUUCUCAUUCCUGUCGAAGGAUGAGGUAGAAAAGUUGCGCCAGGAGGAGGAGAGGAAAAUUGCAACAUUGCGCCGUGAUAAGAAUUCCAGAUUAUUGGAUGCCGCCAACGACAAUAUUGACAAGGAUGAGGCCAGCCGGUCCGAUAAGCGGAAGGAUAAUGACGCCAACAGCAAUAGCAGUGGCGAGGAUAACGAAGCCAGCGACCGGGACUCUGACUCAGCUCGAGGGGAUGCCGUUGACAAUGCCGCUCUGGGGCGUUACGAGGAUGCGGAUGCGGAGGACAUGAGAACCGCACAAAGUCUGGCGCAGACAACGCCACACGCCCCCAGCAAAAUUCCCAAGCAGAAGCAGCAAAAGAGGCAAAAGGAUCCGGAACAGGAGCCGGGCAAACCCAUUGAGGCAGAUCCACCCAAGCCCUCGCUCCUGCCCAAGCCAAAGGUCAAAGUUGUUAUCCCGCCCGCUCUCCAGCAGCGUCUUAAGAAGCAUCAGCAGAAGGAGCAGCAGCCGCUGUCCCCUCCCGAGGAGCCUGCCAUUCCCGAGGAAGAGGUUCCUCUUCGAACUUUGCCCGAGCCAGAGGACUCACAGUCCGCCCCCGGAGGCAGUCGCAUUCCAGUGCGAACUCUGAAAGCCGAGCGCCGCGCCCUGGCAGCUGCCGCCCGCCAAUCCGGACUGAGGGUGGAGGAGUAUCUCCGGCAGCUGGAGAUGGAGAUGGAGGAGAGUACUUCGCAGCCCACCACACCCACCACGCCCACAACACCCACGUCGGGCAAGAGCCGGGCAAUGAUUAAUGCUGAGAAGCGCGCCUCCUGGCGGGCAGCUCGUCUUCGAUCCCUGGAACAGGGCGCCGUGGAGGCCCAGGAUGUGAUCAAGAACAUGCGCAAGAUGACCGACGAUCUGAUCACGCACGAGGCCAAGGCCAGCGAGGCUCAGCCGAAAAUAGUCUUUCCCAAAAUUGCCAUAAAAUCGAGCGACGGUCCAGUCAUCGUGCGCGAACGCGAGAAAAUCCUCGAUGAGAAGAUUGUGCGCCGCACUGAGGAGGUGCCCUGCCCCAUUACGGGGCGACCUCAAUUGCGCACCGUCGAGUACAUCGAGAAAAUCAUCGAGACGGAGGUGGAGACUUGCAAGGAGCGCAUCAUAUCCUUGGAGCUGCAGGUGCCCGAAUCCGAGGAGGGAACGCUCGACGACACCCAACCGCCGUUGGAACUAGAAGGCGACGAUUUCGACGACAACGGGGCGGAAGAAGACGAUGACUUCGAUGAGGAGGAUGAUGAAGAGGAUGACGACGAUGAGGAUGAGGAGGAAGAGGAGGACACUGCCUCCAUUGUCACCGUCCAGGCCAACAACGAGAAGCUGUUUCUGCGGCACGACUCGGACACCUAUGGUCCUUCGUCCAUCGAGAGUUCGGCAUCAGGUAAGGUGCGCAUCAAACCAGCGCCCCUGUCCCUCCACCAAACACUGGCCAAGGAGACGACAAUUGUCGAGGUGCUGAACCCAGUCAUCGGGGGCGAUGGCACUCCGCGCACCAUCCACGUGAGUGGCAGGGCUCCCUUCGACGGCGACGACUACGACGACGAGUCCUUCGAGCAGGGGGCGGUGUCUGUUCUGCGCAGUGAAACUUUUGUGCUGCCCGCGGGCGCCGGAGGCGAAAGGUCUGAGCUGUCAUUAAAUGCAAAAAUGAAAACCGUGCUCGAGGAGCUGCUGGAGAACGAGCGCGUUAAAUUGAAUUUGCAGAAGAGCCUCGAGGGCGAGGAGGAGGAGGAGGACGAUGAGGGCAGCAGUGCCUAUGGCGACGCUCGCGAUGAUGUGGAGAGCGCCUAUGGGGAUGCCGUCGAUGAUGUUGUUGACUUUGGCCGUGCAAGUAAUGACCGGGACGAUGCCAAGAAUGGCAAUCAGCAGCUGCUGGAGGAGCUGAUAAAGGACAGCAACCGCAACACAAUCAUUGCUAAAUUGGCAGGCCAAUUGUCGGACGAUGAUGAUGAAGAGGACGACGACGAGGAGGAGAGCAGCGAUUCCUCUGAGGAGGAGAGCGACGACUCCGACGAGGAGGAUAAUGCCGAAGAGCAACUAAAUGUCACCUAUGUGCAGGGCGCCCAGGUGAUCGAGAAUCUCAACACGGUGGCGGCUACUGGUGGCAAGCUGCACAAGUCCCAGACCUACACCGCCAUUAAGCAGGCCGAAGAAGAAGCAGCAAAGGAGCUGGAUAUGGAAGAGGAUGAAGCGGUGUCCGAACCUGAGAGGGGUCCUUGUGGUUCCCAUACUCUGGCCCAGCUCCAGGCGGAGCAACGAGCGCUGGCCGAGAUCUCAAAGCAGCUGCGCAAAUCCGUCGAGGAUUUGCUCAGCGCCGAUGGCGGCACUGUAGUGGAGACACAACGCACCUACACCCUGCCGGCGGCCAGUGACAGUGCGGCGGUGGUCACCGUCACCGAGGUGGUCAAGAAGCAGAAGAAGCGAAAGGGCGGGUCCGGCGAAGCCAUCUUCAACCGACUGCUGAGCGGCGAUGGGGCGGCGGAGCGCCAGGUCUUCGAUCGGCAGCAGGGCGAAACUGUCACCACCACGACCACCACAACAGAGGCUGUCAGUCCGGAUGACAACGCCCAGCCGAGCACCAGUGUGGUGACCACCACCACGCGGACCGUGUCGAACGUUGUUACCAGUGGCAUUCCCCGGCCAGAGACCAGCAAGCAGGGCAAUCGCAACGGCAACGGCAAUGGUAACAACAAUAAUAACCGCAACAAGAACAAGCGAAAAGGCAAAAAGAAGUAAAGUGGCCUGCAAGCCGGCAAGCUGGCAAGAAAUGUGACUACAUAGUUGAAAUUGCGUAUACGCCGUGUGGUGG